GAACGAUCAGUCGAGGUGCGGGAGGAGGAGGUGCGUAGUCUACCCACCAAUCAUUCCUUCUUCUUUUUCUUUUUUUUUCGAUUUUUUGGAAAACAUCAGUCCAACUGUUGGACUUUCAAUCAUCCCGGUGCCGCAUGUAAAGGCGAUGAUUUUUUUUUAAUUUUUUUUUUCUAUAAAAGCCGAGGAUUGUUUUUUUUUUUUUUUUUUUUUUKCCCCAAUCUAUCCGAAUGUCGGACUCUCAUCAGGCUGCUGCCGCAUGUAAGGCCGAGGAUUUUGGGUCUGCUUCUUKCUUAGGACCAUCAAAAAAAAAAAAAAAAAAAAAAAAAAAAAGAAUGAAAGGAAGGACCAUCCUCAGUAUGGAUCAUGCAUGAAUGAUUGAUCAUUUUAAUUCCCACGUGGCUAAUUUUAGUUGUCGUUGCAAUUAUUUCUUUUUCCGCUUUACAAGCGGAAGGUCGCCACGUCGAUCGUCCCGACCCCAACCCCCUGGAUGUAUGAUUCGAAUCAUGUCAUGCAUGUAUGAUGAUCAUUUUCAUUGCCACGUGGCUAAUUAUAGUUGUUGUGGCGAUGAUUACAGUUCCGCUUUGCGACAGCAAGGUCGCGAGUUCGAUUCUCCAACCGCCACACUGGUCUGCAGUUUCCUCCAUAACUGAUAACUGUCCCCUGUGCAGUGUCCUCGAAGGAAGAGGAGGAGGAGGAGGAGGAGGAGGUUUUAUAACUUUUCCUACUUUGGAUUUGAUGUCUGAUCUUGUGGAUUAUCUUUUGUCGGUUCCAGUUGCGUCAUCGUUUUGUAUUUCGUCAAUAAUUUUGAAUAAUUACAAUUGCCAAAAACGCGACAACAAGAAGGAGAAAGGGAGAACGGAGGAGCUGGCGAGCAUGGAUGGUAUGGAAAAUAUUAAGGUGCUUGACUUUCGCACGGCCUUUCAGGGGAGCGUAUUUGAGAAAUAUCACAUUGUUCCGCUGCAGGUCGCUUCUCUAGACACCACUUAUCAAAGUCAAAGGUGCGAGGACUUCAUCGACCUCAAAAUGACGCCAUAUGACGAUGGCGCUGUUCACCAGGACCAUGCGAAGUACUUAGUUGAUCGGCUAAAGCAGCGGGGAGCUGGCGAAUCGAAUUGCCACACAUUCGUCAAACAUGCUCUUGAGUUUUUCAAAAAGUAUACAGACAACCUGUUUCUCGACUUUUGCGAGGCUCAGCGGAGAAGGAUGCUAUGGCUAGAAGACCCCGAUGAGGUUCCGUUCGAGUUGGAGGACGUUCUGGAACCGUCAGAGUUCUGUGAGGGCUUGCACCACUUCCUCAUUCAGAACCAUACUUCAGAGCUGCUGGAGAGUUGUUUCACUCGCUGCGGAAUGAACGUUCGACGUGAGAGUGAUAAUGAUAUUGUCAGGAGACUUUAUGGCUAUGGCAGACGGAUGCGCGAACCCAUUUACGACGGCGAGCGUUUUGACGGCGAUUGUUUUGACGGCGAGGGUUUUUGACGUCAAGGUAUGGUGUCUUUUCAUGAUUCUACACCAGAUCGAUUUCGAUCUCGUUGGCUCAGACGGUCAGCAUUUCCCUCUGCAAAUGUUGUUGUUGGAGGACAAGUCAAAUGACAAGGACAGACUGUAUUGGUGCGCUGAAGUAAUGGAUCGGGAAACUGGAGCCCUGAGUGCAGAUGUUAUCAAUGUAGUUGAAGGCGGGGCCUUCGGCUGGAGUCUUCGGACGAAAGUUCGAUCGAAAUCCAUAGAGGCUGUUGAGCAACGGUACAAGCCGCAUGGAUACAUCCCUAUGCUCCUGAAACAAGUAUGUUGCUGUGAUGAGUUGCCUCGGCAAGAAGUGUUCAAUGGAUUUUUUCUCGACCACGACCAUGCUCCUAGUAGGACACCUUUCUGAACUCACUCCUGAACAGUUGAAAUGUGUGAAAGACCUUAAGAGAGCCCCGUUCUGCCGUUGUAACUCCAUCGUCUAUUCUACCCAUUCAGAGUUUGAACGUGUGAUUCCCAUCGCUGCUAGCUUGGGGCCGGUGUGUCGUCAAGCGCGCCAGGACAACAAAGGGUUUGACGAAGU